AUGGCUGAAGAAAGCAGCAACGAAUGCACGCCUCUUGACUUAAGCAUGAAGGCCGAAGCAGCACCAAGUACAAGCCGUGAUGGUACCCAGGGGGCUUCAUCUACAUCGGGUGCCUACAGAACGAUUUCCGACGACGCCUUGCCCUACCCGGGGAACACGCAGCACACGCCGACUACGGACGAGACUUGCAACGUCGACGGUGUCACUGAAAAUGGGAGCACAAGUUACCGGCACCUGGGGUUUAUCGGCAACAUCGAUCACGCAAGGCCCAGCACAAGCCGCGCUGGCAUGGAGGAAGCAUCAGCCAGUUUUGAAGACGGCGCCAUGAAUGCUACUGAAACCGGAGGAAGAGAACAGCAACUAUCCUGCGGUGCCAGCAGGAAGGUUUCCAGCAGACGGGACGCCUCACACGGGCAACCCAGCGAACGUACGGGAGGCACAGCGCCCAUGUUCAGAGCACGCGAUCAAUCGCCUGUCAACAAGUCGAACCACAAAUGCGAAACAUGUGGUAAAUUGCUAAGUAGCGCUGCUAGUCUAACUGCACAUUACCGCACGCAUACACACGAGAGACCCUACAAAUGCGGAAUAUGUCAUAAAUCAUUCGCGCACAGAGGCAGUUUCCAUGCGCAUCAACGGAUUCACACAGGAUUGAAACCGCAUAUCUGCCAAAAUUGUACUAAACCGUUCAAAAGCAAAGCGGCACUUAAUAUUCAUCUUAUAUCACACAGUAACGACAGACCUUUGAUUUGCGACAUAUGUAAUCGUUCCUUUAAGUACAACUCAACUUUGAGAAAACACCGCAAAACAUUUCACGAGGGUAAAAAGCCGUACGAGUGCUAUUAUGUCUACAAGGCAAGGAAACGAAUUCCGAGUAUCUGGAGGCCACCUGACAAGGACGACUGGAAUGAGCACGUACGUCGAACACAAGAGAUGCUAGACACCCUUGGGUCGCAGAAUCACCCUUGUGUCGCAGGAUCAGGACAACUCGCCCGCCUGCGCAUCAAGCACCAGCCAAGGACGGUCAUACAACGCUACAAUCUUCGACCACGCUUCGUCGAAUACCAGGCCGGCGACUAUGAUUGGAAACUGGACAAGCGCCCAAUGACAGAAAACAAGAUCCUUGCAACCUGG